GCUUUAAAGUAAAAUAACAAACGCUGCGAUAAAGAACAGAGAUCCAUUCUGUUGUUGAUGGUUUUAUUGAUGAAAAUGUCGUCCUUCUGCUAGUGUGCACUGUCAACACAGCUCCUCGUAACAUUGGUUUAUAUCAAAGUGAAUCACGCAGCAAAAACGGAAGCCUGGCGAACGAGCUUGCAUACGAGCGGGGAAAUGGUAGUCGGUAAAAAAGACUCGAAGCUUGAUCGAUCAAUGGCCGCGCAGUUUAUUCUGGGAUUUCUUGUCUUGGCAUCGUUGCUAGAGAGGAAUGACGCGAAGAAAGGGACAGUCGAGGCCAAAGAGAUGUAUACAGGAGUUCCUGGGAAAAAUCUAACAUUAACAUGGACUUGGACGGGACAUAAAAUGUAUGAUUAUGCCUCUAUUUACAUCCCUGAUAAAUCCAGUUCGAAGACGGCAGGAGCUGUGAUAUUGAAUAAACUGUGGCACAUUAAGUAUUUUCCAAGCAAUAAUUCAAUUGCCAAAUACAAGCUGAAUAUUGUGAAUUCAACUUUCAAUAAUUUGACGGAGCUUGAUACAGGAACUGGUUCGAUUAUUUCCUUGAAUAUAAGAGCAGUUCCAAGGAAUCUAUCGAGAUUCGAAUUCAUUUUUCGACUGCAGGAUAAUGAUGCCUGGGCACCUGUUAUAGAAAAGAAAAUUAUCGUCAGAGUGGCAGUUCUUCCAACUGUCAAGAUAACAAUGGAAACAGGAGGCACAACGGAUGUGCCACAGGGGCGAGUUAUGACAGCGAUAUGUAAAGCAACAGGUUUUCCUCUGCCCAAAAUAGAAAUACGAAAAGAUAACUCAAAGCUGCAAGUGGUCCAGGUAUCUGGAAAUGAGGUUAGCCUAAAAUUGAAGUCAGUUACUUCGAAUGAUGCUGGGAGGUAUUCUUGUUAUGCAACUAACGUUGCUGGCACUACCCGAUCAGAUGCAGUUUUGUCAGUAACAUAUAUACAGAUGAACAUCAAAUCAUCAACAGUGAUUCAGUCUGCAUUAGGCAAAGCAGAAGAUCUUAACUGCCCUAUUGACGGUUACCCACCACUGACGUAUAAAUGGUAUUAUCCACAAUGCAAUAAAAAUAGCCCAGUUGGAUGGUCCAAAGAAAUCACGAUACAGCUGGACAAGGAGACAAAGUUCGGAAACUAUUGUUGCAUUGGUCAGAACAAUAUUGGUCUCAAGACAGCAACAUUUAUGAUAAAGGGUGAAGCAAUCAAGCCGAAAAAGCGCUCUGGCAUAAAUAGCGGCACUACUACGAAGACUGGCAUUAUGUUGCCGAUAGCUGCAUUCGUGAUUUUAUUAUGGACUGCCAGGUGAUAGCAGUUGAAAUCAAAUUUCGACAAAAUCUUUGAAAAUUAUCAGAAUGAUACACUGAGGCUCUCUCGUGAAAAUUCAAUUGAUACUAAAGCUAAGAAUGGGAAAUUGCAGUAGCUGGAUAACGAACGAAACUGCAGCACCAUCAUAACCCUUGUGAUAUGUUCAGCAGCCUUUCGGAUCAUGUCAGUUUUGAUUUCGUCAUUGGUUUUGAAUAGAAACAGUGAAUUAUUAAUGAUUUAGUCUUAAUGUCUUAUUCAUUUUAAAUAAUAUAUAUUUUAUGAUACAAUAUAUUAAACCAGCUGAUCAAACCUGUAACCAGAAUAUCUUCUCAGCGAAAAGAACGCUUGUUUACAAAUUUCAAGUAAUUUUGACGUCAUCUUAUCUUUAUCUGAAAUUUUUUCUUGUUUUUUGAAAAGGCCGCAUCCCCCCAGGUUAUGGGCCUUCUAUGAUAGUUAAUACCGAUUGUCUGAUUUUAAUGCAAAAUUAUUGAUUCGUGGUAUUUAGAAAUUUUAGGAAAUCAUUUGAAUGAUUUUGUAUCUAGUUUGUUUAAUUGAAAUAAAGAAGUAACAUAAAAUGAAGUUAAAUUUUUUGCCUUUAGCCCAUAUAGAUUUUACUGGCUUAUUAGAAGUGAUAUAAAAUUUAUGAAAUUUGA